AUGGGUAUCCUCGAUCUUGCCGAUGAGCUUCUUCGCAUCAUCCUCGAAUAUGUUGCCUCUGAGCCUGAAAAGCCCAUCAGUCUGGAGCGCCGCGCCUAUCUCUCCCAGGAGAGCUUCAAGCUGCCCGUGCCGCAAGAAGACAACCAGGUCCAAACUAUUGCUGCCUUUCGCCUGACGUGCAGGAAGUUCUCCGACCUCGGUGUCAUCCAUCAGUUCUCGCGCGUUACGACACGCUUCUCAAGGAGGGGUCUUAGCCGUCUGGAGAGGAUCGCAAAUGAGCCGCACAUUGCGGGCCGUGUGAAGAAGUUUAGUUACAUGGUGCCGUUCUUCUACGCCGAAGGACGGGAACGCAUACAAGAACUCCUCCGUACGCGCCCAGAAAGCCUCGGCCUUGUUGAUCUCCGACACUUUCAAGACAAGGUGAAUGAACAAAAGGACAUUGUAAGAACGAGAGAGGAUGCUCGAGUCCUCCAAUUUGCCCUCCAGCGAUUCACCUCCCUCCAGCAUAUCCAGAUCCUGCGAGUUCAGGAUCGACAAGAGGGUGAACUGAUCCACUACAUGAGGCAGUACGACGAACUGACCGAUUUGGUGCCGAAAUGGCCACCAGCAUGCUUACACAGUGCGAAGACUAUGGGUCAGGCCCUCCUCGCUUCCCGAUCACCAUGCUCACGCUUCUCAUCGCCGAUGCUGAGCCCCCAAAGCGUCCUAGGUGCCGCUAACGAUCCGCCCACGGCCAUGGGCGUCCUCGCCGAACGCUUGACUUGUCUAGAGUUACAUUUUGAUGACAGUACGGAUUUGGACGAACGCAUGCGCCGUCUAUCCCCCUUGUCCAAGGCCGUGUUUACCGCAGCUAAGAAUAUUGAGGCUGUACACGUUGGCUUUCCUUCCUACCGCCCACUCACUCUUCGACUAGAGGAGCUUUUCCACAACGUCAAAUGGGAAAAAUUACACGCCUUUGGAAUCCAGGCAUGGCGUCUCGAUGCUGACGAAAUUAUCGGCCUGGCUCAGAGACACCGAGAAACAUUGCGCGGUCUGCGUCUUCGCGAUGUACUUCUUAAAGAAGGCAGUCGCUGGAAUGACGUGCUUCCGUGCCUACGAGAUGAUCUCGUCAAACUCGACUGGAUCAGUCUAAGACGAAUCGACUAUGAAAAGCAUUUCGAUGAGCAGGUAGUCCUGGGGGCCGAGGUUCCAGACGAUCCACUGGUCGGGAGUGACAGCAGUGACGAAAGCGACUGGGAAUACGAACACGAACAAGAGGAUCUGGAUCCCUCGGAUGACCACAGUGGUAGCGGGGAUGAACCCGACGACAGCUCCAUGGCUGGCACGGAUUCGGAUGCCGAGACCGAUGAGCCCGAGCAAGGUGGCAUUCUACAUUUCCCGCCAAUGCCCGACACCCCAGCUUCGGUUACUUGGUGCAAUUGCAACGGCCACAUGGAUAGUGUUGAGGCUUUGGGUGAUGAUGGCAUCAUGGUCACCAAUCAACAACGAAAAUUCUGGGAGAAGUGGGUUGUGAGGAAGAUCUGCACCGAACAUGGUCACAAAUGA